CUGGGCUUGGCUACUUUAAUAGAGGGCGCGGGCAGCAGUUUACAAAAUUCUCGAAUUCUGUUGCAUUGGUUGCGUCGGUCGCAUGCUGUUGGUGUUUUGCGCUUUUUCUGGAGGUUCCCUCGUUCAACUGUAUUUGGACGCGUGAUAGUUUUAGUAUCGCUAAUCUAAGUGCUGGACGUGAGCGUGAUCUUCCCUUGAAUAUGCGAGAGUUGUCUGAACUGUAGCAGGAUAUCCUGUGAACUAUUCGGACUUCUGAUAAUGGCUGAUGAAAAAGAACAACAAGCACCGGAACGCAAAGUAGGCGGUGGUCCAGACUGUCUUCUACUGGGAAACGAGAGCCCUCUGCCAGAGGAUGUGACCGGUGAAAAGACGUCGGACUCCCAGGACGGGCCAAAGCAGUGGGACUACUUCCCAUGGGAUAGAUGGUCACGUGAGAGGAGCACAGACUCUAGGGAAAGGAGUGUGGACUCUCGUGACUCAGCAACAAGGGAGAGGGAUCUACGGUAUGCCGAGGAACGGAAACGUGACCGCGAACGUGGCCGCCGGGAGGAGGUCAUCCUGUAUCGUCACAGAGACUCUGAAAGCACCCAGAGUGAUAGUACUGAAGAGGAGGAGGCAGAAAGCUCAAAUGAAAGCAAAGUGAAGGCUCCCGCAUCCACUGCUGUGAAUGAAAGUGCUGAAAACAAAAGAACAUUUUCAAAGGAAGCUGUUCCUCUACCACUGAGCCAUUCUGAGAGGACUGAGCAUAGUACAGCGCUGGCAAAGCACGCCCAUCAGAAGGCAGCCAAAGCUUCCAAGAGUCCACCUACCAGCAAGGAAGCCUCAAAGCGCACGGAACUUGCCAAAGAGGCCAGUGAGGGUUCUACAUGUGCGGCUAACAAGAAAAAUGGAACUGGUGACCAGAAAGGAUCUGGUGACAGUCACAGCAAAACAUCAAGAAAUGGCAACAAAGGUCCACCAACGAAGGAGGCUCGUCAUGCCGUGUCAGAUGAAAGUAGCGACUCCGAAAAUGAUCAUGUCAGGCAUACUGACCAUGACCGAAGAAAAGAACGCAGACGAGAUGCAGAUGCAGACCACAAAAGAGUUGAUCCUGAAAGACGGCGCAGUGAUGCUGCUCAUGAUCACCAGCGGGAUUCUGACCAUCACAGAAGGCAGGACAGGGGCCAUGACCGGAGACGUGAACAUGACAGGAACAGAGACAGGGACCGGAAAGAAAGCCAUGAGCAAGGUUGGAGAGGGGAUCAGCACAGGAGGGAUGAUCACAAACUCAACCGGAGAGAAGGUCGCAGUGAGAGCCAUAGAGAUGAGAAUAGCAGGAGAGAUGAUCAUAAGAACGAUCGAGAUCGCAAUCAGAGGGACGAACAAAAAGAUCAUCAAAGGGAUGAUAGAAGAGAUGACCGAAGAGGUGACCCAAGAGGCGAUCGGAGGAGGGAUGACCGAAGAGAGGAUCGAAGGGGUGAUAGAAGAGAUGACAAGCAACUUGGUGAUUUGAGAACUGAUCAUAGUGGAAGGGGCGUACGGGAGGAGUCAGUGGGGCACAAGCGAGUGCGGAGAAGUUCUCCUGAUGCAGAGGCUGAGCCACCACGGAAAAAGGAUGUGAUCACAGGGCGCACUGGUGGUGCUUACAUACCACCUGCACGCCUUCGCAUGAUGCAGCAGCAGAUUACGGACAAGUCUAGUGUGGAAUAUCAGCGAAUUGCUUGGGAAGCGCUGAAAAAGAGCAUUAAUGGCUUGGUAAACAAAGCAAACGUGGGGAACAUAGAUGUCAUAAUCAAAGAGCUGAUGCGGGAGAACCUUGUUCGUGGAAGGGGCCUUUUAUGCCGCACAAUCAUGACUGCCCAGGCAGCAUCACCCACCUUCACGCAUGUUUAUGCAGCAAUGGUGGCAGUCAUAAACACUAGGUUUCCCCAGACAGGGGAGCUUAUACUCAAGAGACUGGUCAUCCAGUUCAGACGAUCAUUUCGGCGAAAUGACAAGCUUACGUGCAUGGCUUCUGUGCGUUUCAUUGCGCAUCUUUUGAAUCAGCAAGUGGCUCAUGAAGUAUUGGCCCUGGAAAUCUUGACACUCCUCCUUGGAAACUCGACCGAUGACUCUGUUGAAGUGGCCGUGGCAUUUCUAAAGGAGUGCGGCAUGAAACUGACUGAGCUCACACCAAAAGGAGUUCAUGCCAUAUUUGAACGUUUGAGAAGCAUUCUUCAUGAAGCAAAUUUGGACAAACGAGUGCAGUACAUGAUUGAAGUCAUGUUUGCUAUACGCAAAGAUGGAUUUUCUGCCCAUCCCAGUGUUGUGAAGGAGCUUGAAUUGGUUGAAGAGGAGAGCCAAUACACUCACUUACUGGCUUUGGAUGACACAUUGGAUGGGGAGGAUAUGUUGAAUGUAUUCAAGUUCGACCCGGAGUUCGCUGAAAACGAAGAGAGAUAUGCAGAGAUCGCAAAAGAUAUAUUGGGCAGUGAUGAUGAAGGUGAUGGCUCCGGAGGUGAUGACUCUGAUGAUGAGGAGGAGGAGGAGGAAGAGCAAGCUGAAGAGAAUGGUGAGAUAAUAGACAACACUGAGACUAACCUGGUGGCACUCAGACGGACCAUUUAUUUGACAAUUCAAUCAAGCCUCAACUUUGAGGAAUGCGCUCACAAGUUGCUGAAGCUUGAGCUCAAACCUGGACAAGUGGGUGAAAUGUGCCAUAUGAUUCUUGACUGCUGUGCUCAGCAGCGCACAUACGAGAAGUUUUUUGGACUGUUGGCCCAGCGUUUCUGCCAGUUGAAAAAGGAUUAUGCAGAGCCUUUUGAACAGAUUUUCUUGAGUUCAUACGACACCAUUCACCGUUUUGAGACAAACAAGCUGCGCAAUGUUGCCAAGUUCUUUGCCCACCUUCUUUUCACAGAUGCCAUUCCGUGGAACGUUCUGUCUCACAUCAAGCUUACCGAAGAUGACACUACAUCAUCCAGCCGUAUCUUCAUCAAAAUAUUGUUUCAAGAAUUAUGCGAGUACAUGGGACUACCGAAACUGAAUGAAAGAAUAAAAGAUCCGACACUGCAAGAUGCUUUUGAAGGUCUCUUUCCGAGAGACUUGCCCAAGAACACUCGGUUUGCCAUUAAUUUCUUCACGUCUAUUGGCCUUGGGGGACUGACGGCUGACCUACGCGAGCACCUGAAAUCAGCUCCAAAGCCAGCACCGGUUUCGGACACGAUUGCUGUACCAGCAGCUCCAGCAAAGAAGAAGUCUACGUCAUCAAGCAGUGAUUCCAGUAGUGAUUCAAGUAGUAGUGACUCCAGUAGUGACUCAGACAGUGAAUCCAGCAGUUGAAAGGGUGAAAUGUACAUAUCACACACACUCACUUCAUAAGACUUCUGAAAUAACCUGUAUUGUAAUUUAAGAUGUGGCAUGGUUGAGCAGUGCCUUAAAGUCAAAAAGUUGUAUAUGAAUUUUUGAAAUUAUCCUUACAUUAUUUGUAAUGGCAAGGAAAUUGAUUGUGGCGUGGGUUCCACUAGAAUCCUCACUAAAAAUUUUAUUGGUGAGCUGUAAGAUUGUCCUCAUGACAUUGGGAAUUCUGGCUUUGUUUGGGAGGGAUGCUUUUUGCAUUUUUUGUAUAUAUAUGCUGUUUCAUCGUUGAGAGGCUUUGGCACUGCAUUACUCGCACAGGUAAUCCUGAGUACAGGAUCCUGUGAUGUUGAGCACCACAGCAGGUAAUGCCUCUGACUCUCUCAACCAAAUGACAUUUUUUAUAUAACAAAUGACAAUGUAGUAGGGAGCAUUGGAGGGGAGGGGGGUGGCAGAGAUGUGCAAACCAUCCAGUCACCUUGAUGUGCACAAUAACUGUAUUAAGACGAGUGCCACUGCAAAAUUGACCACUAUGUUUCUUGUGAUCGUCGCAAAACUUCUGUUACUGGUCAGCUUUGCCCGACUGUCGCAUGUUUUGAGAAAACUGCAUGGUGUCCUGUUUUUAUGGUGUUCAAAGCCGACAGCACUCUGGCAAGAAAGGACGUGGGAGAGUACACCAUCGUGAUUCAUGCUGUAUCCUGUCUCGGUGCAGUUUGCUCUCGCUUCAGCCAUGAAGCAACCUGCCGUUUGCGAAAAGUUCACAAGUUUACACUGUGAAAGUGGCGGGUGUUUUUGUGUAUGUGUGUUAUUCAUCUGCAACUUCCAUUUUAGUUUUUUGUCAAUAAAGCAACAAAAAACUUGCAACUACAUAAAAGGAUGUGUCAAUCAUCCAUUUUUAUGGGGUAAUAUCGUGAUCGUCUGUGCACUUGGCAUAUUCGUUGGACAAGUGAUCACAUCGUGUUGUAUGUAAUGUACCUCACAAAUGUAUAAAAAGUGUCCUGUAAUUACUGUAAAAACAGUUAAAUUAAACUAUUGUUGCUCUGUAUUUUGGAUGUGAAUGUAGCUUUGGAGACAGAACAUUUGUCAGACGUCCAGUUUUGGAUGUUAUUUAAUGGAUGUUCCAAUGAAAGAUAUUGAUUAAUAGAUAUGGAUUUUUUUUACUUACAUGCAAAUAUGUCUUCCAGAAGGCUUUGUGGUUGAGUUUCCCUGUGAGAGAAAUGUGCUUUCUCAUAUGUUCAGAUUUCCCUGACACUGCACGUUUGUCUAUGGACGGAGUAUUAAUGUACAGCUAGGACACUCCAAGACAAUGGCAAUUAUUAAAUGCGUGUCGUGAUGCAUUUUGGCUGAAAGCUCAAAA